AUGGCUGCCCGGACGCUGCGUAAGCGUGGAGUCGAAAGCCAAAAUGAGACUUCAGCGAAGAAGCAGAAGAAUGCCAAAACCCAGAUUAAGGACGAGUCCCCAGAAGAACUUCCACACAACCUCGGACCUAUUCGUGCUACUCAUAAGAAUGUCCGGAAAAUACCUACUCCCCCAAUAGACUCAACGGAGUCAGUCAAGGGCAUAAAGGUAGAAGAUGCUUCAUCCGAAGUUCUGAAUCCGCUUUCGCCACAGGGGACAAAGUCUGUAACCCGGCGGUCAUUGCGACCGCGGCGCACAGCCGCCAAAUCCAUGUACUUUGAGUCGGACGAGGAGUCAAGCAUGAAACCACAGGCCAAGAAGUCGAGCAAAUCUUCUUCUAUUAAGCAGGAAGUCAAAGAUGAGGACGAAGACGCCAAUGUGGCGAUGGAAACCCCAGUCCGCAAAACGGUCAAGAAGACCAAGGAAAACCCAUAUGGGCUUACUCCCGGUAUUACACCUUUUCCUGAAUGGGAAGCUCCAUCGGAAGAAGACUGUGAAGAAGUCUAUCGCCGACUGGCCAAGAUCCACGGAGAGGCAAAGGCUCCCGAGAAAAUACCAGCACCAUCUCUUGAAGUCUCAGGCUGCGGAGAAGUUCCAGCUGUCCUAGACGCUUUGAUUAGAACCCGCCUAAGCGCAAAUACGUCCAACCGUAAUUCUAGCGCAGCAUUUCGUGGGCUGGUGAGCACAUUUGGAACUGUCGACAAAGGCAUUGGAAAGGGCAGUGUGGACUGGAACAAGGUCAGAAUUGCUCCUCUUCCUACCAUUGUUGAGUCUAUCAAAACCGGCGGUCUAGCUCAGGUCAAAGGCAAAGAUAUCAAAGCAAUCUUGGAGCUGGUAUAUGAAGAGAAUACAAAGCGACGAGAGGCCUUCUUGGAAGAGAAGAGCGGAGGCAAAGCAUCGGGAAUCACUGGGGCAGAUGGAAAGACACAGGGUCAAAAAGACCUGGAGAUCUUGAAGACAGACCAAGAGAUUCUUUCCUUGGACCAUAUACACGGGAUGGCUCCGGAGAAAGCUAUGCAGACCCUCACCAAGUUCCCCGGUAUUGGUGUCAAGACAGCAUCCUGCGUUAUCCUCUUCUGUCUGCAACAACCCAGCUUCGCAGUUGAUACCCAUGUGCACCGCAUCAGCGGAUGGCUAAAAUGGAUACCACCGAAAGCUACUCGAGAUCAAACGUUCAGCCACUUGGAAGUUCGCAUACCUGACCACUUGAAAUAUGGGCUGCACAAGCUGUUUGUUCAGCAUGGGCGAAGCUGCAUCCGCUGUAGAGCAAACACAAGUGAGGGAAGUGAGGAAUGGAAUAAAUCGGAGUGUCCACUUGAUGAGCUCAUGGAAAGAACAGGCAAACGGCAAUAUGGAGGCAAAGGAGGAUCAAAGAAGCAGUCGAAGGUAGAUGACAGUGAUUAA